AUGCCAGCAUCAAGCGCGCUUGUAUACCCCGCAGCGGCAGCAUCGCUACUUCUUGCCAUAUGGACAGUCAACUCUCGCCGCAAAAUCGCCCAGAAGCCCUUUCCUCCAGGACCCACGCCGCUUCCGCUGCUGGGGAAUGUGCACCAGCUGAACCUGAACGGGACAUGGCUGACGUUCACCGAGUGGAAAGAAGUGUAUGGCGACAUUGUGCACUUCAGGAUGUUCGGAGAGGACAUCAUCGUCCUGAACACAGAAGAGGUGGCCCAGGACCUAUUAGACAGACGAUCGAGGAACUACUCAGAUAGGAUGAAUAUGCCUGUCAUCCAACCAUACGAUCUGCUCUGGGACAGCGUCUUCCUCGGCCACAACGACCAAUGGCGUGCUCAUAGACGUCUGGUUCACCAAGGCCUACGGCCCGACGCAGUUGUUGCAUUCCGACCCAUGCAGCUCCAGCGAACCCUUGAGCUUCUUCAUAAUCUUGCAACAUCUCCGGAAGACUACUGUGAACACUUUCAACGUUUCUCUGCUGCUGUCAUUUUGGGGGCUGUAUAUGAUCAUCAACUAGCUCUCAAGGAUGAUCCAAUCAUGCACAGUGUCAUCGAAGCGAUGGAACAUAUUAUCGCUAUCACCGCGCCUGAAAACUCCCUCCUGGUUGGGAUCUUCCCUUUCUUGAAAUGGCUACCGUCAUGGAUGCCUGGUGGAUGGACUUUUAACGCUGCCAGGGUCAAAAUUCUAAACCGUGAGAUGAUUGACAUGCCGUUCGAAGCGCUGGAGAAGAACAUCGCUUCUGGGACAGCCAACCACUCUCUAGCAUUUGACGCAUUGACAAGAUUCCGAGGCACCAACAAGAUCGCAGAUUUUGAAGAAGUGGUGAAAGGGGCAUGUGGGACUGCGUAUGGAGCUGGAGCUGAGACAACCAGCUCGGUACUGAUGGUGUUCCUGCUGGCCAUGGUCCUGAACCCUGACAUCCAAAAGCGUGCUCAGGAAGAAAUUGACCAAGUUGUGGGCGAUGACCGUCUUCCUGACUAUAGCGAUCGACCAUCGCUCCCAUACUUCGAGGCUGUGUUUCGUGAGACGUUGAGGUGGCGACCUGUUGUCCCGUUAUCAAUACCUCACGCGACAUCGAACGACGAUAUUUACAGAGGAUACUUCAUCCCUAAAGGCGCUGCUAUCUUCCCUAAUGUUUGGGCAAUGUCUCAAAACCCAGCCAAGUACCCCUUCUCCUCCCACUUCAUGCCCGAGCGUUUCUUUGACGCCGACGGCAAACUAACGAACGACACCGUCGACUUUGUAUUCGGCUUUGGGCGGCGCGUGUGCGUCGGUCGACAUCUCGCAACGGGCUCUUUGUGGCCUGCGAUGGCCCGUAUCCUGUCGAUGUUCAAUCUCGAGCGCGCGAAGGACGCGCAGGGGAGAGAGAUUGAGCCGAAUCCGGAGUGGACGACUGGGAUCACUUCUAUUCCGAAGCCGUUUCCUUGCAAGAUCGUGCUCCGACGAGCGUACGCUGGGGAGUACUCUGCCCCAAGGUAG